UGGCAUAAUAAUACAUCAUAUUUCUUCCGAAGGCUUCAUUCGGCACUCUACACUAAGAGAUGGCACGUCGUCUUACAUCUUUGAAAUUGUCUUGUUUGCAGAAUAUUGCGAGAAACUUUGAUCAAUUUUGGUAUAAACCUUUUGAGGAGCAGUUUAUCUCAACAGGAAAACUUCUCCACGUUAUUGGUCCUUUUGAUGACAUCACCAGUGAAUUGAUUCAAUACUUGUUGGAUGUUCUGGUAAAAGAAAAGUUACUUAAGACAAAAUAUUUACAACUUCUCAUCAGUAGCAGAUUACUGGAACUAAAUUUGAGCAAGGCACCAAAUUGUGUGUACCCAUGCAGUGAUAGUAUUGUAAAUACCAUAGGUGAUAGAUGUCAUAAACUAACAAAGCUGAAUUUAUCCUUCUGCAAUAAUGUAUCUUCCCGAGCCUUAGAAAAUGUUGUAACCCAGCUGUUAGCACUACAGAUUCUUAUUCUUAAAAGUACUAAAUGUGAUGAUAGAGUUCUCAUGGCAAUAAGUCAAUAUAGCUCUCAUUUACGUCAUUUAGAUGUUUCAAGUUGCAAGAUAUCACAGCGAGGAUUAAAUUCCUUGUGCUCAGAUGACAGUCAGCUGCCAUGUCCAAAGUUACAGACUUUGAGGAUAAGAGAUUGUGAAGAUUGUAAACCACCAAUUACCAUAGAGUGUGUUACCUCAUUAUUACUGCAAAGAACAAAGUCAUUUGACCUUGACUAUGAAAAGAUACAUUUGGUGUUGUCAAGAAUUCACAAACUCAACAACUCACCUCCUAUUAUCACAUCAAAUCUUCAAUAUUCAAGAAUUCAAUGUUUAGAUUUUGGAACUGAAGAUAUCUUCACUACAGACAUUGAGUUAAUCUGUAAAUAUUGCCCAAAUAUCACAAUGGCAGCAUUAAACCCAGUUGCACAUGAUGACCAAGUCCUUCUACUUAUGACUUUGAAUCAUUUACGCCAUUUAGAAAUAGUUUCUGACACACAUGAUGGAGUUACAUUAUCAUUUGAAGGAUCAAUUUCACCUCUGUUAUGCAGUGUAGGGAUGUAUCUUCAAGUCUUGUCAAUUAUUGAAUUAACCGAUGUAUGUUUAUUUACAAUUGGUAAAUAUUGUCCUCAUCUGAAAAAUUUGAAUUUAAUGGUGUCAACAUUGCAGGACAAUAGAAGCCAUUUUCCAGACAACACGACAAGUUAUACAGAACUUCAAAAGUUCAAAUGUAUCAUUAUUGGAGAGAACGACAUGCUACCAGAAGAUUCUUUCUCAGUCAUUUUGAAAAAUUGUAAAGAUUUGCGGUCCCUUUUGUUGACCAAUAUACAGUUUCUGACCAAUGAAGAACUUGGACGUUAUAUCAAUCAUAAUGCUUUGCCAAACUUGGAAGAGCUAGAAUUUACGAAUUGUAAUCAUAUUGAGGGUUCUUUAUUUUAUCAUUUUUUAACUGUUGCACAAUGCUUGACCAGAUUAAAAUUAGAUGCUUGUCACCAUGUUACAAGGGCUGAAUUUUUUGAGUUGUUACAGUAUUCAGAAGAGUAUCUUCCACAACUUCAGGUGCAGUGGACAUGAUCUGAAUAAAAUUUAUUGUACAGUUCCAUCAUUGAACAUUUUUGUAAGUCUUUUGACCAAUUAGAAUCUGAACUUUCAGCUUGACUGAAAAAAAACCAAAAACAAUAUACCUCUAUCCUAGAAUUAUGUGUCCAUACAGAGAAACAGUGAUAACAAAAUCAGUAUUUCUAACUACAUUAAUAGAUUCACAACUUGUACUAUUAUAUAUCUUAGGAUGAAAUCUAUUUGUCACUUGAAAAUGACUGAGCACUAUAUUAAAACUGGGACAGGGUUAUCAUUUAUUUAUUUUUUUACAUAGAAAAUUUUCCCUGUAUGUUCUUGACAUUUUCAGUUUUCUGUAAGCAUUUGGUUUCCUUACUAUUAACAAUUAAAUUCAAGCAAAAACUAGGCUACUUUCACUUGUAUUUCCUUUAUAGUCAAAUGUAUUGUAAAUGCAAUGAAAAGGUUGUUUUUUUAAACAGGUGUGUUGUAUUCUAAUACAUCUAUUUAACAUUAUUUUAUGCAAUUUGAAUAAAUUUGAAAUAUACCAGGAACAUUUUAAAUUUGGACAAUUGUGGCCAUAAAUAAUACACAAUCUCCUUUAUAGAAGUUCAGUAAAGUUUGAUCUGUGUAAUGCAGUUUUUAAGAAUUUAUAGUUAUGUAUAUUUAUGUUGUUCUAAUUUAUUUAUUGAAAAAGUAACAUAUAAAUAUAAAGUUAUCGUGUUUUUUAAUUGUUAAAUCUUUGUCUUUUACAUUGGUAUUGAAUAUAAGUUAUUUAUGCAGUGUGUUGUGGAAAUGGAAAUUCUACUUUAUUACUUAUAAAAAAAGUGAUAUGGCCUUUGAAGAAACAAAUUACAUCUCUUGGUUCAACAACAUUUUUAGAUUUAUAUCUUAACUUCACAAUUAGCUCCAAUAUUUUUAUGCCCCACCUACAAUAGUAGAGGGGCAUUAUGUUUUCUGGUUUGUGCCUCUGUUCGUUCGUUUGUCCCGCUCCAGGUUAAAGUUUUUGGUCAAGAUAGUUUUUGAUGAAGCUGAAGUCCAAUCAAUUUGAAACUUAGUACACUUGUUGCUUAUGAUAUGAUCUUUAUAAUUUUAAAGCCAAAUUAGACAUUUGACCCCAAUUUCACAGUCCACUGAACAUAGAAAAUGAAAGUGCGAGUUUCAGGUUAAAGUUUUUGGUCAAGGUAGUUUUUGAUGAAGCUAAAGUCCAAUCAACUUGAAACUUAGAUUUUCUACCCAAUUUCACGGUCCAUUGAACAUGGAAAAUGAUAGUGCGAGUGGGGUAUCCGUUUUCUUAGGACACAUUCUUGUUUUAUUAUUAUAUACACCCUGCAAGCUUAAUUUUUGGGAAGUACAUAGGAUUCACCCUGUCCAUCUUGUCUCUUGGUCAUUCUAUGUGACAUAAAAUGCAAUUUCUCCUGAAAGAGUAGCUUAAUAUAAACUAUAAAAAAUUUACACUACUCAUGGUCCAAUACUUUAAAGGGGAGAUAAUCAAAUUCACAUAAUUCAAUAUUGCAAUUUGUUGUCACAGUCUCUUGCAAGCCCAAAACCUAAAUAACUAUACAGAUAUUGAUGAGACUUUACAAUGUUGAAGAACACUACCGAAGGAUGUACAUGCAAGAAUAUAAUCCUGGUCUUACAUGACAAAGGGGAGAUAAUUGAAUUUACAAACUUCAACAUAGUGAUAUGAUUUAUAGGUAUACUAGUGCAUUAUACACUGUUAAUAGUCUGCUCAACCUUGAAAAGUGUUCAAUAUGUUUUAAUGAUGAAAAAAACCAUAACCAUUAUGAACAAAGGAAGCCUUUAAAAAAAAAAGAUUUUGAACAUUAAUAUAAUAGUAUAUAUGUUGUGUACAAGUUGCGAUUUUGUACAGGUUAUAACAUGUACAAAAAUAUUGUACCUGUUAUAACUUGUAUAAUGCAAAAAUACAAGUUAUAACAUGUACAAAAGUACCUCGUACAUGUUAUAACCUGUACAAAGUAUUGCUUAAAAAUGGUUUUAACUUGUACAAAGUAAUAAAAAAAAGGAUAUGUUUCUAUUAUCGCAACAGAUGUUAUUAACCUCAAUAAUAUUUUCAUAAUUUUUUAUUUUUUUUCAUGUAAGUGUGUUUUGUCCUUUUUAGAUACAGCUAAUGUCCAUGGGUCGGUAUUACGAAGCAUUCCUAAGACCUGUCAUCAGAUAUUUCUUAAGGACAUGUGUUAUGGUCCUCGUAUGACUUUCUAUGGACAUAUUUUUUUUGGAUAAAUUAUGAUUGUGAGUGUCCACUUUGAAGGCAAUAGUAAAAUACUUUCAUUUUAGUUGACACUAAAAGAGAUAAGAGGAUGGCCAGGAUAGAUGUGACUACAAAUAAAAUUGGGAAUGGAAAUGGGGUAUGUGUCUAAAAGGCAACAACCCGCCCAUGGAGCAAACAUCAUCCAAAGGCCACAAAUACAUGCUUUCAAAGUAAAGGUUUAUAUAUUAAAAACAUCAAAAUGACAUUCGCCUCAUGCAAUGAUCUUAUAGUUUAUAAAAAAAAAUUGAGUUAUCAAUUUACAUAAGUCAUGCUGAAGGCCAAAAAUGUUGAAGAGUAGAUCCAAAGAUAUUGAUAAUGAAGCAUGGUCCGUUGAAAACUAUUUCAGCUCUCUAUUGCUUUUACAGAGUAAGCAUAUAAGACAUUGUUUUAGUCUUGCAUGGUAUAAAACGAGAGGGAGGAGCAUUACCCAAAAUUAUAAGGCAUUGUUCUUAAAUAUUUUGGUAGAAUUUAGUUACUAAUAUCUAAUGUAAUUGUCAUUGAGGAAAUGCAAGCUUUUAGUAAAAAGUGUCACACUUAUUUAAGCCAUUAUGGACUGCAUAAACAUACGUCAAUUACAUGUAAACAGAUUUUGCUUACAUAAGUUAUGAAACAUAUAUUUCUUAAACUUUGUGAUCAUUGUCCUCUACAGAAAAAGACACGUUCUGGCCUAUUCUUUAUGCAUUGGUGAAUUUAAAUGUAAAUUUUACUUCAAUAAGAUUUAUCUUAAAUUUUGUACAAGUUAAAACUAUUUUUAAGCAAUAUUUUGUACAGGUUAUAACAUGUAUGAGGUACUUUUGUACAUGUUAUAACUUGUAUUUUUGCAUUAUGCAAGUUAUAACAUGUACAACAUUUUUGUACAUGUUAUAACCUGUACAAAAUUGCAACUUGUACACGACAUAUAUAAGAGAAUGAUAAUCUCUGUCUUCAUCCAAGUGGAAAAUAAAUUUGUGAUAUCUUGACUCAAUGAAGAGUUUAUGUUCAAAUAGUUUACACAGAUUUAAGUCAUUUGUUAAUCAGUAUGAUUUUUCAUGGUGCAUAUUUAACAAAUUAAAAAGAUGAUUAGGAACAACACACAUAUAUUCAAUAAUGCAGUAAAUAUUUUAGUUUGCUUGACUUACACUUUUAUAGUUUAUCAGGAUUUUUUUAAUUUCUUAAUGAUUGUGAUAUAUUUUAAUUUAUAAAUGAAUUUUAUAUAGACAAAGUUAUAUAUUACAUAUUUAUUAAAUACAUAUUUGAAAACAA